AUGGCGCCCUUUGCAGACUCAACUGUCUUUGCUCAAAUAUUGGGUUAUUUGGUUGGGGUUGGUUCCUUCGCACUCUACAGUCCAAUUAUUCUUAGAUUAUGGCGGCAAAAGCAAAAGGCUGCAGAAGGCCUGGUUCUUUCUACAUGGUGGCUUAAGCUGACCUCUUACACAGCUUCGGACAUCUACUAUAUCAACCAAGGAUACAACUUAUCGACGUAUAUUGAAACUCUGAUACUCGCACUCGAGGCUGCAGUGGUUCUCUGUCUAGUGGCAUACUACCAGACGCUUGCGAAUCACAGAUUCAAGUGCCAAGUCACAAUCUUCCUUGCAGUUUCCAUUCUUCUGCUGCUGACAGCUCCAAUUCAAUUGGUUGCGCUCGGACAAGGGAUUUCUGCAGUAUUGAACACAGGUGCUUUAAUCCCUCAGUUUAUUCUAAAUCACAGGCGGCAAAAAGCAGGCGAUUACUCUCCCAUUACCGCUGGUUUGGCAACGAUAGGCUGUCUUAUUAGACUUUUCACAACAGUUCAAUUGAACGAUGCAGAUGGGCUUCUCAUUGCCACAUUUGGCUCUGCAGCUCUGGUAAAUGCAAGCCUUAUGAUCCAGAUAUGUUACCUUGGAACUCAAAUCGAAGGCCGAACUCUUUCGGAUGUCUUGACUGCUGAUGGCAGAAGGUCCGCAGAAACUGAGUUCGACGAAGCUGACAACUGUCAAACCACACCCUAUCACAAAGAAGAAGAUAUUGCUCUGGUCGGUAUACAAGAGAAUUCACCGUUGACAGAGAGAAGGCAGAAUUAA